AUGGAGUCACCCGAGUCUUCUUUUUUUUCAUACUCGCCAUCAGAAUACUCAGAUACUUGUUCACUCAUAUGUUCCUCCCCGCCUUUAUACAUUAAUUUAACCACACAAACGCUUCAAGAAAUUGAAAACCUGGAUAUUCAGCGAAUUUCUAAAUUUUUCAAUUUACCAAUUGAAUUAUUAACAGAAAUAUUUUUAUACUUACCACCUGAAACACUUUAUCAUCUCACUUUGGUAUGUAGAAAAUUGAGAGACAUAUUAUGGUCAAAAACUUUAGACUCGACACAAUAUAUUUGGCGCACAAGUAGGAUAAUAAAUCAUCCAAAAAUAUUGAAGACUCCAAAAAAUAUGUCAGAACAACAAUAUAUUUGGUUAAAGAUUAUUGUUUUAAAAUGCCAAUAUUGUAAUCAUUAUAUGAAAAAUGAAUUAAUGUGUGGAAUUGGAAUUUAUUGGGAAUUUAAAUUAUUUUCUUGUGAUAAUUGUAUAAAAUUAAACACCAUCAGUUAUGAAAAAUUAAUAAAUGAAUGGAAAAUACCUCAAAAAUUAUUAUAUUGCCUGCCGUCAAUCAAUUAUUUGACAUAUAAAGAUUAUUUGUUAGCUAGCGACUAUAAAAAUAGAUAUGACAACAAUAAUAGUUGCAUAUAUUCUAGUAGAUUUUAUGAAUAUCAUUGUUUUAUUUAUGAGGAAGAAUAUGAUGAUAAUAAUUAUUAUUGCUAUAAUUUUAAUGAAGAAUACGAUAGAAUAAAAUCUGAUUACGAGAGAGAUCAAUGGAUAAGAAUAAAGCAUAAAGAAAUUAAAGAAUAUUUAGAAGAUGUGGAGAGACUUAUUAUGGAAGAUUAUAAAAAUUUUUGUAGUUUUUCAUAA